AUGCCUUUACCGAUCGGAAAGACCGUCAAAUCGCGCGCCGAUGUUUCCGACGACGAGAAUGAUUACGAGCAAUACUCGGGAGAUGAUUCCUCAGAGUCCAUAAUCGAGACCGGAGGCGAUCAAGUCGACAUCUUGAGUUCUUCCGAUGAAGAUGAAGAGGAGAAUGUCAAGGACAAGUUGAGCAACAUCUCGUUCGGUACAUUGUCAAGAGCACAGGAGUCUAUGGCAAAGAAGCGAAAGAGACCCGCAGGAGAUGAUACCGAGAAGGAAGACAAACUUGAUGCUCUACGCGCCCGUCUGCGCGAGCUGAGAGAGUCCAAAGGCGUGGACAGUGCCCCCAAGAAGAGCAAGAAAGAAGACAAGACCACAUCAAAGCCCGCGGCCAAGAAGUCACGGACGACAAAGGACGACGAGAACUCGGACGAUAGCGACAGCGACUCGGACGAAGAUGGCGCUCCUCACGCGCGCAGCUCCAAGCACGCACCCAUGUCACAAGUCUCCAACAGACAAGUCACUCGCAAGCGCCAGGUCAUCGAUGUGCCCAAGCGACAAAUCCGCGACCCACGUUUCGGCCCUCUAGGCGGUCCCGUAGACGACACCGAGAUUUCCAAGAAAUACGGCUUCAUCAACGAUUACCAAGACUCGGAAAUGGCCGAGCUGAAGGCUGCCAUCAAGAAGAGUAAGAAUGAGGACGACAAGGCUAUUCUGAAACGCACACUACUCAGUAUGGAGAGUAAGAAGAAGGCGCGCGAGAACAAGGAGAGAGAGCAGGAGGUGAUACGCGAGCACCGCAAGAAGGAGAAGGAAGCCAUUGCACAGGGCAAGAACCCCUUCUACCUGAAGAAGUCGGACCAGAAGCAACAAGCUUUGGUCAACAAGUUCGACAGCAUGAAGUCAAAGGACAGAGAAAGACUCAUCGAGAGACGCAGAAAGAAGGUCUCGCACCAGGAGAUGAAGAACAUGCCUGCUCCCAGACGCAUGUAG